UGAUCUCUCAGUAAACACCGCGCCACCACGUGGUUUGUACAGUAGUUUAGAGAUGAGGUUAUACUGCUAGUAAUAUAAUGGGAAAAUAUUUUAUAAAAUUCUCAUUUAUUGGGACAUUAUAUAGAGGAUUGCAGAAGCAUGCAAAUAAAAACAUCCUUGAUAUUGAUUCUGUCCAAGGUGCUAUUGAAACAAGUCUACUAACUAUACAUCCAAAACCUGUAUUGAAGCCCAGAUUACAUUUAACUAGCAGAACUGAUGCGGGUGUACAUGCCUUAUAUACAGUUGGUCAAAUAACGUUAACAAAUAAGUAUAAUACAUUAUAUAAUCCUGAAGAAAUAAUAAGACAACUUAAUAACUUUUUAAGAAAAACUUCACAUUUCAUUAGGAUAUUAGAAUGUGUUCCGGUUGUAGAAGAAUUCGAUGCUAAGAAGAUAAUUACAUCAAAAACAUAUAUAUAUAGGUUUAUGAUAGCUAAAAAAUAUGGUGAACAAAGGCUACCUAUAUCAGAAAUAUAUCAUACUCUCCAUUUAAAAACAGAAACUUUUGACGUAGAAAGAGUGAAACAAGGUACACAACUUUUUAUGGGCCUCAAAGAUUUUAGAACAUUUGCAUCACAAUCAAACAAAUAUUCAAACCGAAAUUAUGUACGCAGCUUAAAUAGUUUAACUAUAGAAAAAGCACAACCUUUAAUGUAUUUUGAUGAACUAUCUAACAAUUUUGAUUACUGGCAUAUUGUAAUUAGUUCGAAAGGUUUCUUAUUUAAUCAGGUUAGACGAAUAACAUCAGCAUUACUUGGAUUGGGAACUGGAAAAAUAACUGAAAAAGAUAUAAAUACAAUGCUACAAGUUCCCUCAACGAAGAAUUGGAAUUCACGUUUACAAGUUGUCAUACCAUAUGGACUACAUUUAGUAAAAGUAGAUUAUGAUCUUGAUGAAUUAGAAAAAUAUACAAUAAAAGAUGAAAUUAAGGAAUUAAAUAUUGAUCGGUGUAUGCAGUCAGUUAAUUGAAUAUUGCAUUGCAUUUUGUAUAU